GAGUAAUUAAGCCCUAACCACAAUCGGCCACCGCCACCGCCACCGCCACCGCCGGAGAUCCGAUGAACUCCUUCCAUGAAGAAAAGGCGAUCAUUUCGCUCAUCAAAUCAUGCUCCAGCAAGUCGCAUCUCCUGCAGCUCCACUCCCGCCUCCUCCGCUCCUCCCAUUUCUUCACCCCGCCCAUUUUCCUCUCAUUCCUCUCCCGCAUCGCCCUCCCUCCAUUCCGCGAUCUCCCCUACUCCGCCGCAGUCUUUUCAACCUUCCCGGCGCCCUCGCUCUCCGCAUACAACACCAUGAUCCGCGCUCAUUCACUCACCAGAGGUUCCGGCCGCGGCGGCCUCCGCCUCUACCAGGAACUGCAUCGCUCCGGCUUCUCCUCCGACGCCCUGACGGCAACUUUCGCAUUGAAGUGCUGCGCGAAGGCGGAAUCCUUCUCCCUCGGGGCGCAGAUUCACACGAAGAUAUGGAAAGACGGUUGUUCGUCCGACGGCCUGUUGUUGACGACAUUGAUGGAUUUCUAUUCGUGUUUGGGGAAAGGCGGGGAUGCUUGGAAGGUGUUCGACGAAAUGCCGCAGAGAGAUGUCGUCGCUUGGAACGUCCUGAUUUCUUGCUGCACUCGCAAUGGACGGACUCGAGAUGCUCUGGCGUUGUUCGAUAGGAUGAAAAGCUCGAACGAAUCCCCGCCGGACGAUGUCACUUGCUUGCUCGCUCUUCACGCCUGCGGGAGCUUGAAUACCCUCGAAUUCGGGGAAGAAAUUCAUCGCUACAUCGUCGAAAACGGCUUUCAUAGUUCGAAGAGUGUCUGCAAUUCUUUGAUUGCCAUGUAUUCCCGUUGCGGCAAUGUCGAAAAAGCGUUCGAAGUGUUCGAUCAAAUGGCUAACAGGGACGUCGUUUCGUGGACUUCGAUGAUCUCCGGCCUCGCAACCAACGGCUAUGGGGCGGACGCCGUUGCGGCAUUCUGGAAAAUGCAACGGGAGAAUGUACUACCCGAUGAUCAGACAUUUACGGGAGUCUUGUCGGGUUGUAGCCACGCGGGGCUUGUCGACGAAGGACGGAUGAUUUUCGCGUCGAUGGAGAGGGAUUUCGGAGUUACGCCUAAUGUUCAUCAUUACGGUUGUAUGGUCGAUCUUUUGGGCCGCGCCGGUUUUCUCGACGAAGCGUAUGGUCUCGUGAAUUCGAUGAAAAUUAAACCGGACACGGCAAUGUGGAGAACGUUGCUUGGCGCAUGUAGAAUCCAUCGACACGUUAGUCUUGGGGAAAAGGUUAUCGAUCAUUUGGUCGAGGUCAAGGGUCUAGAAGCCGGAGACUAUAUCCUAUUGUCGAAUAUUUAUUUGUCGAUCGGGAAUAUGGAGAAGGUUUUGGAAAUUAGGAAGAUGAUGAACGACAGAGGAAUCGAGACGACGCCGGCCGCGAGCUCGAUCGAGCUGAAUCGAAAAUUGCACGAAUUCUUGGCAGAUGACGUUUCGCAUCCUAAGAUUAACGAAAUCUAUCGAAUGCUCGACGAAAUCAAUCAGCAGCUAAGGAUUGCCGGGUAUGUUGUCGAGGCGACUUCGGAAUUCAACACCGGAGAAUCGAAUAGCACACCGUAUCGAAUGUCCUACCACAGCGAGAAACUUGCGAUCGCUUUUGGAGUCCUGUCGACGCCUCCGGGAACGACGAUCAGAGUCGCGAAAGACCUCCGGAUAUGCGUCGACUGCCACAAUUUCGCCAAGAUUCUGUCCACCGUCUACGAUAGGAAAGUGGUUGUCCGUGAUCGCAGUCGUUUCCAUCAUUUCAGAGAUGGGCGAUGUUCUUGCAACGAUUAUUGGUGACGACGAGGAAGAAAA